UCCGCAAUUGGUGCCAAAUUGAACAAUUUCUUCUGCUGCUUCCUUUCGGGAUUGAGUGGAGAACAAACAAAACUCGGAAGAAUUCAACCGAGCAGUUUCUGAACGAGGCAUUAACCAGGAGGCAAAGAAAGGGAAAGGGGGAGGAGGAUUGGAAGCAAGCACCGGAGAGAGAAAUGCAAGAUAAAACCCAGCAGUUUUCUUUUAAUCGAUACGCGUAUUUUUUUUAAAGGGCUUUUUUUUUUUCUUCAAACCUCCCCAAUGUCAAAGGCAGGGGAAUUAUCACAGGCUUGCAAAACCCGUUUCGGAAGAAAAGAAAGAGAAAAAGGGCGAGGACCGCGCUCGAACUGACUGGAAAGAAAUACCAUCCAGCGAACCGGGGGUGGGUGGGUAGGUAGAGGGAAGCCAAACACCCAGUUGCCGCCUUGUCACUUCCGUCUAGCACGAAGACCACGUGACGAAUAAAGAAACUCUGGGAAUCGAGUUUAUCCUGGGAAACGAAAGUGAAAAUGCUGCACGGUCAGCCAGGCUGCAAGGGUUUUGCCGCUAUCCCGCAAGAUGGCGGAGAGAGGGAGGGCGUGCUCCUUUCCUGUGCUGCUGCAGGGAGCCUGGGGGAGCCCCGAUCCCCCCAAAAUUGUGAGAAACAAAAUUCUCCGCUACUUCCAAAGCCGGAAAAAGUCGGGAGGUGGAGAAUGCGAGAUCCAGAAGCAAGGGGGGCAGAUCUUGGUUUGUUUUGCCCAGGAGGAAGUGAGGCAAAGAGUUCUCUCCCAAAAGAUCCAUGAGCUUGACUUGGCAGAAAAAGGAACACUAAAACUGGAGGUUUCCCUGUAUGAAACAACAGACCCCGCUAAAGAUAAUGCACCUAAGAAGGAAAUAAUUUCUGAAAAGGCCCUGAGAGAAGAAAGCCAAGCAAGAGAGAUGGAAGUGCAACAAGACUGCCAAACAAAUAAUGUUAUCCUAACAAGUGGGCCAGCUGGGGAAGCUCCACAUGCUGACAAGAAUAUUCUUGACUAUCCUCAAAAAUCUUCACAAGUAGUUCUUGAAAAUGUUGAAGAAAAUAUUCACUUGGACACAUUAAUGCUACUGGUAGAUAACAUCAGUGAUCUUUCGGGAGAUAGUACCUUCCAAAUUGAACAGAUAAAUGAGAAGAAGGCUGCAGUAAUAACCUUUCAGCAAAGCACUGCAGCUGCAAAUUUUCUCAAGCAAUGUUCCAAGAAUCACAGAUUCCAGCAAUACAGAUUUAGAGCCAGACUUCUUGAAUUGACUCAUGUAAUCAAAGUGGAGAACAUCCCAGCUGCAACAUCCAGCGAAUUCCUAACUCUCUACUUUGAAAGUCCAAAACACGGAGGAGGACAGGUGACUGAUAUUCAGAUGUUACCCACAGAAGAUUCAGCUCUGGUUACAUUUGGUGACUCUCAAGCUGCCCUAACAGCAUUGAAAAAGCAGCACUCAUUAAAUGGCCAGUCAGUCCUGGUUUAUCCAUUCUACAGUUCAUUGGAAACUGUUUUGUAUGGAAAGGAGAAGCCACAAAUCAAGAUGCCAGAAUCUAUCAGUGUCCCUUUAGAUCCUUAUAUAUGGCAGUUCCUACAAGGAAAGUGUAAAUUAAUUCAAGAAAUAGAGAAAGAAAUGGCCAAUUACUUCUGUGAACUAUUAUGGCCCCUGGCAACUUGUGAGCAACCAAAAGUCGUACUGUCUCCCUCAGCUACCUUAGCUAAACAGGGAACGUCCAUAAAAGAAUUGGUUAGGUCUUGGAAAGAUAAAGUUUCUGUGGAAUUUGCAUGUAUCCUAUCAAAAUUCAGGACAGUUAAAUGCAAAAUCAUUCCAGAAAAAUGGGAGACCAUUGAAAACAAUGUGCUAAAAAAUGUGUUGGCUGUGCCAGAUGACUCAAAAAAUUGCGUUACUCUAGCUGGUUUUGUAUUGACUGUGGAUAGUGUGGAAAAAGAGUUGAGGGAAUAUAUAGAACGUUUGACCAAGGAUGCUGAAAUAGCUGGGCAAACAUUACAGCAAACGUUGUCAAUUUCCCCAGUGAAGUAUAAAGUUUUGCAGCAGAUCUUGCUAGAAGAGAAUAUCUAUGAAGAAAUCACUGGGCAAAAAUGGUGUUACGAUGCUACAGCAAAGCAGUUGCAACUGAAUGGAAUAGCUACUGAGGUUUACAAAAUGAAAAGUGACUUACUAGAGAAGAUGGUCAGGAUAGGGGAGAAAAAUGUCAAGAUUCAUCCUUCUAUUUUUCAAUUCCUGCAAUGUGUAGAUUCUGACAAGGUGUCAGGGAGCCUGUUUAGGGCCAAUAAAAUUAAUGCUGCCUAUGAACUUACACAUGAUUCUAUAGCAUUGGUAGGAUAUUGUCCUGAAGGCCUCUUAAAAGCAGAGGAACAAAUAAAGAAAUGCUUGACUCAUGAACGCAUUAUAUUGAAGGACCAGGAACUCAUCCACAGAAAUCAGUGGAAAGAAUUAAUUAAGCAUCUGCAGAAGCUAAACAAUUCUGUUGAAAAAAGUGUAAUAAUUGAGGACUGGGUUGAUUUCGAUGGAGACACUGAAAUUAUUGUGGCUGGUUAUGCAAACAUUGUAGCAGAUGUCUACCAGCAACUUUCCGAUUUUGUUGAAAGAAACACCCACAUGCACACAGUAAUUCCUGUCAAGUCAGUGGCUAUGGUGCAGUUUAUAGAGGAAGAAAAACAGAAGAUUUGGUGUGAUUUAAGCAAGAAGGGCCUGAAUAUUAAUUUUGGAAUCCUGCCAAAACAGAAGAACAUUGUCCUGAGUGGACCCAAAGUAGUAGUGACAGAGGCAGCAGUGAUGGUGGAACAAAUGCUGUCUUCGCUAUACUCUGCGAAUGUGGUGUUUGAUAAACCUGGAGUGAAAGACUUUUUCAAAAACCAAGAACAUUACUAUGUUAACCUAGCAAAAAUGGAAUUCAGCUGUUUGAUCAGAUUGCAAAGAGAUGAUGAGAAAAACGGAGGUUUUGUGGAAAAUGUAGAACACCUUCAAACCAAGGUAAACUUAAAAAAUGGCGUGGUGAUAGAGGUCUGUAUGGGAGAUCUGACCAAUUAUCAAGCUGAUGUUAUAGUCAAUGCAUCAAAUGAAACACUGAAGCACAUUGGUGGCCUUGCCUAUGCUUUGCUAAAAGCGGCUGGCCCACAGUUACAAGAUGAAUGUGAUGUUCUCAUAAAGAAACAUGGAGAUCUGAAGCCUGGGUGCGCAGUAAUCACAGGAGCUUGGAACUUGCCGUGUAAACAGGUGAUUCAUGCUGUUGGGCCAAGGUGGACCAGUGCCACGAAAGAAAACUGUAUACAACUAUUAAAGAAAGCUGUAAGGGAAAGCUUAAAACUGGCAGAAAAAUCCAGUCAUCGCUCCAUAGCUAUUCCUGCCAUAAGCUCUGGGAUUUUUGGAUUCCCAAUAAAAAAGUGCACUCAUUCCAUUUUAACAGCCAUUAAGGAAACCUUAGAAGAAUCUUCUGAGAAUGGCAGCCUGAAACAGAUUUGCCUGGUAGAUACGACACCCCAAACAGUUCAGGCUUUUUCUGAUGCUUUACACAAAGUGUUUAAAAGUGGACCACCUCAGCCCACACCACUGCCUUCUCCAUCAGUCAAUCAACUUUUGGAGAGUAAAGAUCUUGUAGUGACUUCUGAUGAAGGUCUAAAACUUAUCGUAGAAGAAAAAGGAAUCGAAGAUGCUACGACGGAUGUUAUCGUAAGCACUAUUGGUGAAGAUCUAAAGCUUGGCAUAGGCCCACUUUCAAAAGCUGUGCUGCAGAAGGCUGGAGUUGAACUUCAAGAUGAGUUCCAUCAAAUGAUCCAAGAUCAAGGAGCCCAAGGCAACUGUGUAAUUCAAACCCAAGGGCAUAACCUUCCCUGUGUUUUCUUGUUCCACGUCAUAGUUCCACAGUGGGAUGAAGGAAAAGGGAAUGCAACCAAGAAACUUAAAAAUAUCAUGAGAAAUUGUCUGGAGAGGGCCGAAAUGUUGUCGUUAAAGUCUAUCUCAUUCCCAGCAAUUGGGACUGGAGGUUUUAAUUUUCCAAAUUAUGAGGUGGCUAAAUGUAUGUUUAAGGAAAUACUUAUGUUCAGUAGAAAGAAGAAUUUCAAGUCCCUUCAGAAAGUUCAUGUUCUCCUACACCCAAAAGAUAAAGAGAAUAUAAAGGCAUUUACAAAGGUUUUUCAAUCUGGGAUUGAUGAUAUUCUCAAGACUGAGCCAGCAAGCAAUGAAGAAAUGGCAGGUUCCUUUGGAUCCCUUUCUACCUCAGCUGUAGGAAGUAAUGAAAUGCAGUUUGGAUCCAUUACCUUCCAGUCAGUGACAGGAAAUAUUGUCAUGGAAAACACAGAUGUUAUUGUGAAUGUGACCAAUGAAAACUUUUCAUCCAAAGCAGGUGUCUCCAAAGAAAUUUUGGAAGCUGCUGGACCUGAAAUUGAAGCAGAAUGUGCAAGACUUGCCUCACAGCCUCACAAUGGAUUUGUAACCACACAGAAUGGCAAACUACCCUGUAAAAAAAUUAUCCACCUGGCUCCUUGCUCCAGCAUCAAAACUCAGGUCUCCAAAGUGCUUCAAGAAUGUGAAGCAAAACGGUAUGCCUCUGUAGCCUUCCCUGUAAUUGGAACAGGUCAGGGAAGAAGGAGUCCUGACAAAGCAGCUGAAGAAAUUAUCAAUGCAGUCGCUGACUUUGCAGGAAAAGAGUUGCCUAGAUACUUGAAACUUGUUAAAGUUGUUGUCUUUCAGCCACAUAUGCAAAAAUCCUUUUCCUCCAUUUUGGAAAAUAAAAAAGGACAGGCAUUGCCCACUUCUGAAUCUCUGUUUUCGAAGUUUAAAGCGUUUCUAACUGGUGGGAAGUCACCUGCUAAAAAGAAAAGUUUUAUAGCAUUGGAGAAGAAGAUUGAGACAUCAUCAUUUGAGUUAUGUGGCAAAAGCAGGCAAAAAGUGGAAGAGGCUGAAGCCUGGCUAAGGAAAUUGGUUUUCAAGGAACAGACAGAAAAUCGCAUUGUCGAUGACUUGAUAGACAUGUUUGCUGAUGCUGAAAUCAAGAGACUGAAUGAUCUCCAGAAAAGAUUGCAUAUUGUCAUUCAUCUGAAUAAAAUGGAGUCUCCUCCUUUUAUUUUGUUAUCUGGUAUCACCCGGGAUGUCCUCACUGCUUUCACAGAAAUUCAGAACCUCUUAAAAACACUUACAGCUGAUCAGGAAAAGAAAUCCAAGGCAGAACUUGCUCAAGUUUUGGUUGAGUGGCAGUAUUGUGCAAAUGGAAAUGUCUUUGUAGCUUUUGAUUCAUUAAGUAACCUUGAUUUAGAAGAUGCUAAAAUCAGCAAAAAGAAACACAUUCAGGUCCAAAUUCAGGGACAGAAGUACACAGCUGACUUGAACAAGAUGUGUAUUGUAAAUAGUCAAGGAGAAAAUAUGAAAAUUAAUCGUGUUGGAAAGGAUGAAGGCAAACUAUUAGAACGCCUUCCUGAACAUUGGGAAGAUAUGAAAGGAAGCCAUGUCAAAUUGGUUCCACUACAGCCUACAGCAGGAGAAUAUAAGGAUGUUGAAAAAAAAUUCCGGAUUGGCUGCCCUAAAUUCACAAUUGAAAAGAUUGAAAGGGUACAGAAUCCUUACCUCUGGCAAGCCUAUCAAGUCAAGAAAAAGCAAAUAGAUACACAAAAUGGCCAUGAAAAUAACGAGGAGAUCCUUUUCCAUGGGACUCCUAGUUCCACACUGGUGCCAAUUUACCAGACUGGCUUUAACCGCAGUUAUGCUGGAAAGAAUGCUGCAGCGAUUGGUAAUGGGACCUACUUUGCUAUCAACUCAAACUAUUCUGCGCAGGACACAUAUUCCACUCCAGACCACAAUGGCAGAAAAUAUGUGUAUGUUGCCCGUGUUCUUACCGGAGAUUAUUGCAUUGGCAGACCAGGACAGAUUACCCCACCAUCCAAAAAUAAUGGUGGAUUUGACUUAUAUGACAGUGUUACUGACAACGUGAAUCAACCAUCGAUGUUUGUUAUCUUUCAUGAUGCUCAGGCUUACCCAGAAUAUCUAAUUACUUUUAGAAGAUAAGUUAAUAGGCAAAAGAUGAUUUAUUUCCUUUUCCUCUCACAGUAAAAGCAAUCAAUUUGAAUGAA